UUUCCGAUUAAAUGAAUAGACAGCAAGCUAUUCGAAUGACACCCACCGACUCAGUGACGGGGUUGCUGCCCGUCCCAGCGUUGGCUUUGAUGGCGUCACUCGGCGGUGCUUGGCUGCUCCAUUGAGGCUAAUAAUAAUUAAAAUAAUCGCGGUUCAUUUCCCCCUAUUGACGCAGCUUACUGCUGCUCCUUGUCGCUGUGGCUCAGGCACAUUGUCACUAUGUUACCUUAAACAAACUAACUGCUAUAAAUGGACAACUUAUGUACUUUACAGCUACCUAGCUCGUCAAGCUAAUCCAACUUGCACUACCAAAACUGUACUUUUCCUGUUGUACUUUAUUAUUUUUCCAAGGAAUAUAUUCACAAUAUACCAGCUAUGGCUUUUCGUGACUUGAUCGACACACGUGGAAUAGGACCUCAUAUGAAUAUAUAUAAUAUUGAUGAGUAUAGUAUGUCUGUAAGGCUCGAUUGAGAAGCUUUUCAUAGCUGCUAUCCCUUCCCACAGCCUGUAUAUCUAAUACCGAAUAGCCGUGCACUUGUGUUAUAUGUAUAAACAAAGUUUUCUUGACUUUCGCAGAUGUAGUAUGUCGUGAAUAACGAGUGGAUAAAGGUAGAUGUCGUGAGACUGUUUCAUGACUCGCUAUCAUAAAAGCAGCGCUAGUCGGUUCUAAUCAAGCGUCAGUGUUGUCAUGAAAAUGUCAUGAGAUGAGAGAGAGAGCGUGCACAAAUGAAUGACCAACAGUUGCAUAUUUCAAAUGCAGAUUCUUCGAAGUGUCCAGUCAUGUCCACCCUUUGACUAUCGUUUCAGCCUCUCAUUCACAUGGGAACGGUGUUCUGGGUGACCUGAAACUGCAUUUUUUGAAAACGGCUUCCAGAGUGGGAAAGUCUGAGAAUGCCGGCUUGUCGUUGCCGUGUAUACAGGCAAUACGAAAACGAUGUCACCAACUCACCGCCGCCUCGUUGCCGUGGCAUGACCAGAAGCGAGCUUUGAUGACAAACCAACAUAAGAUCUGAAUAUUUUGACGGCGACUUCCUCCUCAUAUUUUGUUGUCUUAUACUCCAUAAUGACUCGCAAAAGUAAUUUAAUUUUCCGUAAGUCUUGAAAAGCGGAAGACGACGGACUUAAUGCGCAUGCAUUCUGUCUUCUAUGAUUUGUUGUGUCUCGUGGUUCUGCCCGCGUGUCUGUUCACAGCGCCACAAAUAAGUGCGCAUGUGUAUUACAUAGUUUUCACUCAGUGAUUCGUUCCCGCAUCGUUUUCACUCAGUGAUUCAUUCCUGUCUGGAUGCAACAAUUUACUAAUCCGGCACAGUAUGGAUGCAACUUUUUUUUCAACCCGCCCAAAAAAAAUCUUAAGAACAUUCCUGGGUGAGCAGGGCCUAAGAUUGUUCAUUAACAUUAACAAGCACUGUCCCCAAUAAAUCAAUCAAUAAAUUAGCAUUAGCACUCGUAAAUGUUUUCGAUGUCAAUGUUCACAGCUGUCUUUCCUGUCCUUGGAGCUGCUUAUUCAGAGUAGCAUCACAAUGAUUUUUGUUUUCAUGUGGGCUUACGUACACUAAAUCAGGAAUAAAGAUGCCAAAGUUUCCCUUGUCCCGGUUUGGGUAAGUGCUAUGAUCUUCCAGCAUGCCAUGAUGUCCUUGCACAUAGCGGAGUUGCACAUAGCAUGAUCCAACAGGCUUGUGAGUCACCGCGCGCUUUCACAAAGUAUUAGCCGUGUUUCCCUGACGGUGGCCCCGCAGCCCGACUCCCUUUGUCUGCCACUUAAAUAUGGAUCAAAACAUACGGUGGACUGGAAGCUGCUUAAUAGCUUUUGAACGUUUUGAACGUGGCAGUGAAACAGCGGAGAGAGAGACAGGCUGUUAACAGCUACUGUCAUCCCCCUCCAACCUUUUUUUUUUUUUUUUUUUUAAAAAAACCUCUUCUAGUCUGUCAGAGCAGAAAACAACUUUUUUUUUUUUUUAAAGCUUUUUAAAAUGCCUGGCGAGUUUGUGUUAUCUUGUGUUGAGGAAAAGCACAAAUAGGUGACAUUAUUCCUAGUCCAAAGAGCAGAAGAGAUCAACAUCAUUAUUGAUCAUCUCACAUCAUCUCUGCUAAUGAAAUGAAAACAACAUUAGGCUGCCUCACACAGCACAGAAAGGACAGGGAGAGCUGACAGGAACACAGUCAGACACAGACCAAGAAACUCAUUCCAAAAACAGCACUAUUUUUAAUCGGAUUAAAAAUAUGAUUAAACUGACCCAUGGCAGGUUUGUUUCAAAAAAUUUUGAAAAGAGUGUAGAAAAUUGUACAUUCAUUUCAAUGGGAACGGCAUUUAAAAAAAUAUAAGAAUUGUGCUGAGCUUAUUUAUAGAUUCAUUUCAUGGCCACUGCACUGUAAAAUGACAAUAGUAUUUCAAAUGAUUUUUCGCGUUUGAAUGAGUUGAAUUGAUAUUUUCAACAUUGCGUGUAAGUGAGAAACGGUACUUCUGGACUGUGGUUUUGGUCCUGGUCGUGGAACUCUGGACCAGCUGUACAUGGGAGUUUCUUCAUAGACUUCAUAGACUUGCAAAAGGCAUUUGACCGUGUCCUGUGGAGAGCCAUGGUGUCGAGGAAGUCCAGUUUGGGGCCCUUAUAAUUUCGUCUCUACGUAGAUGGUGUGGUCCUGAUGGGGAGGUUUGCAGCUGACUGUGCAUGGGUCUGAGGCCAGGGUUCUUAGCCAGAAAAGAGUGGAUUGUGGAUUGCAACCUCUGGUUUGGGAGUGAGGUCUUGCCCCAGGCGGAGCACUUCAAUUAUCUCGGGGUCUUGUUCAUGAGUGAAGGAAGGCUGGAGUGUGAGAUCUACAGGCAGAUCGGCACAGCGUCUGCAGUAAUGUGGUCGCUAUAGCGAACCGUCGUGUAGAAGAACGAGUUGAGCUGGUGGAUAUAUGCUCACCUAUGGUCAUGAGGUUUGGGUUGGACGGCAGACGGCAGACACAACAGCCGAAAUGAAUUUCCUCUAUAGGGUGAGGAGCUCGGUCAUCCUGGAGGGGCUCAGAGUAGAAACGUUGCUCUUUCACAUGGAGAGGAGGCCAUAGAGGUGGCUCGUGCAUCUUGUCCGGAUGCCUCCUGGACGCCUCCCUGGUGAGGUGAUCCGGGGCAUGCCCAGCCAGGAGAAGGCCCAGGGCAGACCGGGUGGAACUGAGGUGGCCGGAGACCAGGAAGCCUGGACUUCCUUACUGAGACUGCUGCCCCUUGACCCGGACUCGGAUAAGCGGAAGACAAUGGAUGCAUACGGCUGCCAGAGCGGCUCACUGAGAGGAAAAACGUGCUGACAACCAAGAUCGCCUGUGCCCGCUGAGGAGGACCUCUGUGCAGGUUCACGUGGGCAGGGCGAAGCUUCCUGAUCCAUGGAGAAUUACUUCCAGGCCGAGGCCUUCAACCUGGACAAGGUGCUGGACGAGUUUGAGCAGAACGAAGAUGAGAGCGACUCCCCCCUUCUCACGGAUGCCAAGUGGACGCAGAUUCUGGCCCCACCGGCCCACCUACUCUCGCUGAACCCCGCCCUGGCCCAUGCAGACCUCAGCCCGAGGGAGAGUCCACUGUCCUUAAAGACCCUCCCUGACCCCUCCUCCAAUGCCGACCCCAAAAGACAUUCAGGUGGCGAACCUCCAUCAUGGGCAGCAGAGGAGCGGCCGGCCGAUGUGCACAGCCCGCCGCUCCCCCAGCCCAAUAUUGGCAAACUGGUGGGUGCGGACGACCUGUCGCCGCCGCCUGUGACGACCUGCGGUGCCAUGGAGAACGGGCACCCGUGUCCAGAUAAUGUUAUCAAGCAGACCUGGCUGAGCUCUUCUGUCGAGGACAUCGAUGCUCAUUUGGAGGAGCCUCAUGGGGAGGCCUCCACUGUGUCCCACUUCACCUUUGAGGUGGGACAAGGACAGGAAGAGACUCUCUGUAGUGAGGAUGUUGAUACACAUGGGGAAGUAACAACACUCAAUGGCGUCCAAGAGGAGGCGUGCACUGAUGCCUCACAGGACUUUGAGCAAGGCAGACAAAGUGCAUCAAAGGAUGAGCAUGUGGAAAGUUUUUUGUUCAACAUAGGAACAGACCCUCAGGCUGCUGAGGAGAUUAGAAGUCCUGGAAAAGUCCAAGCAUGGAUGAACAAGAUGAGUCGACUUGAGGGACAUUCUGAGCAGCUCUUCAGCCUUCCAGACAGCUUGGAGCCUGAGAAUGGAAGCAGGUUAAAUGUUCAGGGGACAGAGGAGGAUGAGGAGAGCUUGUCUCCAUCACCUGUCCCCUCCAAGGAGGACUCUGUGACCGAGGAGAAGGAGAUGGAGGAGAGCAAACAGGAGAACGGUGAUGGGUCAGCAUCAGGUGGCGUCCAACCAAAGCUGAACAACACUCGUCUCCAGCCAGUCAGUGUGCCGUACGGAGGAGCCCGACCCAAGCAGCCGGUCAGCCUCAAACUCCAGAUUCCUCAGCCUCUCGCAGGACAGGUCCAAAAUCAGCUGGGCUCAUCUGCCAGUAGCAAGAACAAGAACCUCGACAGAGGAACACCGUUUGAAACCACGCUGGAUGUAACUGUGGUUGGUGCCAACGAGGACAAUGUUGUCCUUCCUUCCCCUCUGAUGUUGGCCUCGGAGAGUCCAGACAACGACCUCCAGGCAGGACAGCACGGCUCCUUCAACAGGAAACAGCCCAGCACCUUGGGGGAGUUCGCCCCUAUUUGGGUACCCGACUCCCAGGCUCCAGUGUGCAUGAGAUGUGACAUCAAGUUCACCUUCACCAAACGGAGGCACCACUGCAGGGCCUGUGGCAAGGUAUUUUGUGCGACCUGCUGCAGCCUGAAAUGCAAGCUGGCCUACAUGGACAGGAAGGAGGCUCGUGUGUGCGUCACCUGCCAUUCGGCUCUAACCAGCGCUUCGACGUUGGAGUCGCAGGUCGCCAUCAGCAACCAGAGUCCCAACCCCAACAACCCAGCCGAGUACUGCUCCACCAUCCCCCCUCUGCAGCAGGCCCAGGCCUCGGGAGUUCUCAACUCGCCUCCUCCCACCGUCAUGGUGCCUGUGGGGGUCCUCAAGCCGCCUGGCAACGAGGCAUCCAUGACACGGGAGCAGAGGAGAGUCUGGUUUUCCGAUGGCGGUCUACCUAACGGGGACACAGCAGAGUCCCCCAAACCUCCCGUCUCCAGCUCCACCCCCUCGCAGUCACAGGCCGUCUUGGCGUAUGCAAGCAAAUUCUCCAGAUCGGAGUUGGUAGAGGCCACUCCGGCUCCCGUGGGCCCGCUUGGCAGCCCCGUGGGUAGCGCCCUCAGCCUGAUCCCGGAGGACGGGCUUCCUCCCAUCCUCAUCUCCACUGGAGUCAAAGGAGGUACGGGAGGCCACAUCACAGACUAUGCAGUGGAGGAGAGGCCGUCAGCGAUGGUCCUCAUGCAGCAGCUGGAGGAGGGAGGCCCGGACCCGCUGGUCUUCGUCCUCAAUGCAAACCUGCUGGUCAUGGUCAAGCUUGUCAAUUACGUCAACAGGAAGUGCUGGUACGUGACUACAAAGGGCAUGCACGCCGUCGGCCAGGCGGAGGUGGUGAUCCUUCUCCAGUGUCUACCUGACGAGAAGACCUUCCCCAAAGACAUCUUCACCCACUUUGUGCACCUCUACCAGGAGGCCCUCAGCGGCAAUGUGCUGAGCCACCUGAGCCACUCCUUUUUCACGCAGAGCUUCCUGGGCAGCAAGGAGCACGGUGGCUUCCUCUACAUCAGCCCCUCCUUCCAGUCGUUGCAGGACCUGCUGCUUCCCAACCCGCCCUUCCUCUUUGGAGUCCUCAUCCAGAAGUGGGAGACUCCCUGGGCCAAGGUCUUCCCCAUUCGACUCAUGCUGCGACUGGGCGCGGAGUACCGAUUUUAUCCAUGCCCGCUGUUCAGCGUCCGCUUCCGGAAGCCGCUUUUCGGCGAGACGGGUCACACCAUCAUGAAUCUGCUAGCAGACUUCCGCAACUACCAGUACGCGCUGCCGGUGGUGAAAGGUUUGGUGGUGGACAUGGAGGUGAAGAAGACGAGCAUCAAGAUCCCCAGCAACCGUUACAAUGAACUGAUGAAAGCCAUGAACAAGUCCAAUGAGCAUGUCCUGGCCAUGGGGGCGUGCUUCAACGAGAGGGCCGACUCCCACCUGGUGUGCGUGCAGAACGACGAUGGCAACUACCAGACGCAGGCCAUCAGCAUCCAUCACCAGCCGCGCAAAGUGACUGGCGCCUGUUUCUUCGUGUUCAGCGGGGCCCUGAAGGCCUCAUCAGGCUUUUUGGCCAAAACAAGCAUCGUAGAAGAUGGUGUAAUGAUCCAGAUCACAGCCGAGACCAUGGACUUGCUGCGGCAAACGCUGAGGGACAUGAAGGACUUUAGCAUCACAUGCGGGAAAGCCGACCAGGAGGAGAACCGAGAGCUGGUGCACGUGCAGUGGACGGAAGACGACCACAACUUCAACAAGGGUGUCAUCAGCCCAAUUGAUGGCAGAUCAAUGGAGUCAAUCGCCAGCGUAAAGAUCUUCCACGGCUCAGAGUUCAAAGCCAAUGGAAAAGUGAUCCGCUGGACGGAAGUCUUCUUUCUCCACAGCGACGAUCAACCCAACGGACUGAGUGACCCGGCCGACCACAGUCGCUUGACAGAGAAUGUGGCCAGAGCUUUCUGCACAGCGCUCUGCCCGCACCUCAAGCUGCUCAAGGAGGACGGCAUGGCCAAGCUGGGGCUGAGGGUCACGCUGGACUCGGACCAGGUGGGCUACCUGGCAGGAAGUAACGGACAGCCUCUGCUGCCUCAGUACCUGAGCGACCUGGACAGCGCUCUGAUCCCCGUCAUCCACGGUGGCGCAUGCCAACUGAGCGAGGGUCCCGUUGUGAUGGAGCUGGUCUUCUAUAUCCUGGAGAUCAUCUCCUAGACGCUGGUGACUUGAACCACCAGCAACAAGCACCUUCACCAAUCUCCACCUUCCCAUUUCAACAGAUAAAAGGUCAGGCCAGGUUUAUGCGUUUGCACCCGGAUCAGAUGUCAGGAGGUGCAACAAGGAGGAGCAACAAUCAUCAGCAUCUUAAACACCUGCAGGAGGUUUUCAAACAUUUGCAUGAAAAGGUUCCAAAUGUGAGCUCAGUGCUGUCAGUGACCACCAGGUGGCAUCAUGUAGCUCUCCCCACAAAGUCCCCAAAGUGAAGCCUCCUUGUAGCAGCACAGAUGCUGAGCCUGGAAUACCUUUGAGCAGCUUGGACGACAGCUAACAAAUGCACCAGGUGCCCUUUCUUAUUUUCUAUUUUUACUAUUUUCUUUUGCACCCGGUGCUCAGUGCCUCCGGCAGUGACCCAUCAAAGCUUUUUUGUUUCAUUCUUGAAGCUUUACUCCUCAAUCACCAGAUGCAAUGACUUGCGUGUUCUUGGAGACAGACAAGCAUUCUGCAGCUUAAAGUCUCCAGAGAUUCCACAACAAUAACACACACUUUGCUCCAGGACUGCUAAUGACAGACAAAGGUUGCAAUGCUUUACUGGUCAUCAGGCAAAAAAACAUACAAAACUAUUUUGAUGUUGUUUUAAUCACAUAAAGGUGUGUGUGUGUGUGUGUCUGUGUGUGUGUGUGUGUAUAUAUAUACAUAUAUAUACAUAUACAUAUACAUAUACAUAUACAGUGUGCGUGAGACAUACAGUGGUGUGAAAAAGUGUUUGCCACCUUGCAGCAUUCAAAGAACUGCAGGCCUCACGUACCUCAGUUAAAGUCAGUGUUCAUGACUCCACCAUAAGAAAGACACUGGGCUAAAACAGCCUGCAUGGCAGAGUUGCAAGACAAAAACACUGCUGAACAAAAAGAACAUUAAGGCUUAUCUCAACUUUGCCAGAAAACAUUUUGUUGACCCCCAAAACCUUUGGGAAAAUACUCUGUGGUCUGAUGGGACAAAAGUUUAACUUUUUGGAAGGUGUGAGUCGCAUUACAUCUGACAUAAAAGUAAUGCUGCAUUUCAGAAAAGAACAUCAUACCAACAGCAACAUAUGGUGGUGGUAGUGUGAUGGUCUGGGCCUGUUUUGCUGCUUCAUGACCUGGAAGACUUGCUGUGAUAAAUGGAACCAUGAAUUCGGAGAAUGUUUGGCCAUUUGUUUGUGACCUGAAGCUGAAAGCAUUUCUGCAGCAGGACAAUGAUCCAAAACAUACCAGCAAGUCCACCUCUGAAUGGCUGAAGAAAAACAAAAUGAAGACUUUCCAGUGGCCUAGUCAAGAUCCUAUUGAGAUGCUGUGGCAUGACCUUAAAAAGUCGGUUCAUGCUGGAAAAUCUUCCAAUGUGACUGAAUUACAACAAUUCUGUAAAGAUGAGUGGGCCAAAAUUCCUCCACAGCGCUGUAAGAGACUCACUGCAAGUUAUCACAAAGCAGUUUGCAGAAUUGCAGUUGUUGGUGCUCAGGGUGGCCCAACCAGUUAUUGGGUUUAGGGGGCACUCACUUUUUCACACAGGAUCAUGUAGGUAGCUGCAUUUUGUGUUGGUUUUUUUUUGUGUCAUUGACUAAUAUUUACAGUAAAUUUGUUUGAUCUGAAUAAGUGUGACAAACAUGCAAAAAAAUAAGAAUUCGGGAAGGGGCAAACACUUUUU